CGGAAAUAAAUUGAAUAGUACUGGAACACAUCUAAAAACCCCGUCAAGUUGUCAAAAUUCGCGUUGAAACGAGAAGACAAUCAAAAUAAAGAGAAUUUUCACAUUUUCCCCCAUUUUCUUGGAUUCUAAAUCGCCAAUUAUAGUUUUUGACCAUCCUAAGAUAUAAAAGUGAAAAAUAUAAAAUGUCGAAGAGGUUACAAAGUACGGAUAAUGUGAAAAAUGACGAAAUUAUCGACGAUCUUACAAAGAACUUGGAAACUUCAUUGAAAACCGAAGAAUCUGUUGAUGAAUUUGUCAUAAGUCCUGGUACAAGUUCUGAGAACUUUCCCAAGGCUGCCGGAGAUGCACCAAAGACAAGCGACACACCGUCCAUCUACCCAGAUCUAUUAGAGGAUGGCAACUUAGAUAAAGAUUUCGCAGAAAAAGACUCUAAAAUCAAGGAAGACAGUGACACAGAUAUCGAUGAAGUUUCCCUGAAGGAUGCCGAAGUAGACCUCACUGAUGACCAGAAGGAAGAACGGCGGAUAAUUGCUGAGGAGUUGAAGAAAGCUGGCAAUGAUGCGUUUAAGGAUGGUGAUUAUGAACGAAGCAUCGAGAAGUAUACUGAAGGUCUCAGAACAUGUCCGCUGCAGUUUGCACAGCAGCGUUCCGUGCUCUAUUGCAACCGCAGUGCGGCGAAAAUGAAGCUUAAGAAAUAUAAACAAGCUAUCAAGGACUGCACUAAAGCCAUAGAACUGGAUGAAAACUAUGUUAAAGCAUAUAUACGGAGAGCCCAAUCGUAUGAAGCAACAGAAAAAUUAGAUGAGUCAUUAGCUGAUUAUAAGAAAAUUUUGGAAUAUGAUCCUUCUCAUAAGGAAGCGAUUCAAGCCACUGUCCGUUUACCGCCACUAAUUGAAGAGAAAAAUGAAAAACUCAAAACUGAAAUGCUAGGAAAACUCAAAGAUCUUGGCAACAUGAUUUUAAAACCUUUUGGCUUGUCAACAGAGAAUUUUCAAAUGGAACAGGAUCCAGUUUCUAAAGGAUACAAAAUUAAUUUCAAACAAUAGUUUAAGCGAAAUUUGUGAUAAAUACUUAUCUUUAUUAUUAUUAUUUUUCAAGGUUGAUUUUUCAAUGGUCAGAUAAAAGUUACCUGGGGAAUAAUUAUGAUGCUGUCGCGUCACAAUGUUUGUAUAAGACAGUGAC